AUGGGCUUAAUCGCCUUCUGGAAAGACACAACGACGUACCAACAGCCUCCCUGGGAGUAUCCGGUUGUGGAUAUGCAAAACGAUGAAGGUGUCUUCGGGCAUAUCGGAUCUCGCCUUUUCUCGUCGGAUUCUGUGGACCGUAAGAAGCCUUCAAUAUCCCCAGUGCUCCUUGUCUGCCGUGUGUCUUCUGCCUCAGAGGAGAACAACUAUGACUCGCUGUCGUAUCUGGGAGUUUUCUUGCUGCCGGUGUUGUACGUUGUCUUCACGGCUCGAGCACGCGCCUCAAUCCGCUCCUCCGCCUCCAAGUCUGUGUCUAUUGAAGCUGCUCUGCAAGGCGAUCUUGCGCUCAGUCUCUCCUUGGACUUCCUGGAUAUUGCCAUUAUGUUCAAUGAUACCCUAGGUGAGUCUCCUCGCGCGAGAAUCGCCACCACGAAUCCUGGUUCCCCUGCGCAGUACGUAUGCAUGGCGACUCUAAUCUUAACGUUGGUAGGCGUUAUGACCUUAGGCUUUGCCUUCCCCGUGCAGCAGUCCUUGGAGGGUGCCUCGGGGCAGGCAGACAUCUUCGUGUCCGCGAAAUACGAGUUUUUGGUGGGGUUGUUGUUGGUGGAUUUUCCCUACCUCGCGCUGCGGCUCUACUGGAUGCUCACGACGCCGGACAAGGUUUUGUGGUUUUUUUUGAAGAAUAUCUUUACGAUUUUUGUGCGGCCCCUAAAGCUCAACCAGUGCAGACUGGCGGAGAGAGAGCGCGCAAAGGGAACUCAGAGGAGCAUGUAUGAAAGCCCAACUGACGAGCAGAACCAGCUGCUGCAGCUAUCGGCGAUGCCUUCCUCAGUGGGAGACGGCAAACAGCAGGUGCCCCCGCAGCAGCAGCAGCCGCCGACCUCCUCUGCAGCGACCGCUGCUGCCUCUGUAGGGCGGGGAGUUCUAGAGAACAUUCAGCGCCUUCGACAGCGAGGGAGUUUCUUGCUGCAGAGACACGCGGCAGCGGCGCCGCUUUCCGCGGGGGGGGCGGGGGGCAAUGGGGCGGAGAACAACAAGGAUCGAGAGAGGGAGUCUUUGCAGGGGAGUCGCGAGUUUAUCGGUUCUUAUUUGCCAAGCAGCAGCGCCGGCACCCUCAUACCCGCAGAAGAGACAGCAGCGUCUAAGUCGCCGUCAACGUCGACUGGUUCGGGACCUCCAGUCCAGUCGACGCCUUCCGAUCUCAGGAGUGGGGUUUGGACGUGUAUUGUUCAGGCUGCUUGUCUUGCUCUUCAGCUGGAAGUCUGGGGGGCUUAA